AUGCCAUGCCGUCUCCGUAAAAUCACAGUUUAUGAAACAAAAAGUCGAUUUUAUAUAAUUGGAUGUGAUAGCACGGGCUCCCGAUAUAAUGUACUAAAAAUCGAUCGAAUCGAUCCGAAGGCAUUGAUAACUGGAGAGCCGGAGUAUGAUUAUACGAGAGAGGAGAUUCUGGAGUUGCUCGCGACGAUUUCAGAUGGUAGUUCCGUUGUAUACCGAUCUUCCUCCAAAAAAGGCACAAAGAGUGGACUAGUUGAACGAGCUACAAAUGCAUUCGGAAUACUUGGAGUCGUUCGAUUUGUUGAAGGAUAUUACUUGAUUAUCAUCACUCGUGCCCAUGCCGUCGCCACUCUUGGCUAUCAUCCGGUUUAUAAAAUCGUGGAGGUUGCAAUGAUACCAAUAGCGAUGGAUGGAGUUUCAACAAGUUCUGAGGAACAGAAAUAUGUAAAAUUAUUCCAAUCCGUCGAUUUGAGUACCGAUUUUUACUUCUCAUAUUCGUAUGAUUUGAGUCGUACUUUCCAAGAGAAUGCAUUGAGAAGUGAUUGGAGUAAUAAUGGACAGAGAAGGCUGGAAGCUGAUGAUAAAUUCAUCUGGAAUUCUUUCCUUCUCGAACCUCUCCGCAAAAACCUUAUCAGUGAACGCUGGUUUGUCGAAAUCGUUCACGGAUAUGUACGCCAAGAGUACAUUUUCCUCCCAAUCGGUCGAAUUUCUCUAACAAUAAUCGGUCGUCGCUCAACAAAAUAUGCCGGAACACGUUUCUUGAAACGUGGUGCGAACCCACUCGGUCAUGUGGCAAACUACGUGGAAACGGAACAAAUAGUUUGGGAUAUGGCGUCAUCUGGCAACGUGGCAAACGGAAGAUUCAGUAGUUUCGUUCAAAUGAGAGGUUCCGUUCCGAUGAGAUGGUCACAAGAUCCAUCGACACGUGGAGUUGUUGGAAAACCAUUAAUAUUGAUUGAUAAUCAUGAACCACAUGCACAGACAGCAGCGAGUCAUUUCAGAGAUAUUCGAAAUAAAUAUGGAGAUCCGAUUGUAAUUAUGAACUUGAUCAAAAGAAAUGAAAAGAGAAGGCAUGAAGGGGUAUUGCAUACUCAAUUUUUGAAAAAUAUAGAAUAUUUGAAUCAAUUUUUGGAUGAUUCUGAGAAGCUGUGCUAUCUUUCAUUUGAUGUUGCCAGAUGUAACAAAGCUGCCAAUGCAAUGCCAUCUAUAAAUGUGCUGAAUGUUAUGGAGGAUAUCUCAAUGAAAUCGAUUCUGAAAAAUGGAUGGUUCCAGUCAUUCCCACUCAGUGAAUCCAUGAAAAUACGUCCGAGAGAAGGAUUCGAUACGCUGGAUGCAAGACAUUCACAAGAUGGGCGGUUCAUGAUUCAACACGGAAUAUGUCGAACGAAUUGUGUAGAUUGUUUGGAUAGAACUAAUGUUGCACAGUUUGUAAUUGCGAAAGUGGCAUUGGGAUGUCAAUUAUGUGCACUUGGUAUUCUUGAUGAACCAAGUUUGUCGCUUCAGAGUGAAGUCUGCCGUCUUCUCGAAGACAUGUUCGACGAACACGGUGAUACGAUGGCCCUCCAAUACGCGGGAAGCCAACUGGUUCAUUCAAUUAAAACUUACAAAAAGACGGCGGCAUUCCAAGAGAGACGCAGAGAUGUGUUUCAGACAUUAUCCAGAUAUUACAGUAAUACUUUCAACGAUUGGGAUAAACAAAUGGCGAUCAAUCUAUUCCUGGGAAUGUUCCGCCCGAAAAUCACAUCUCUCAAAAAUCUAUGGGAUCUAACAAGUGAUUAUAAUUUACAUUUUCCGUAUUCUCUGAAAAUUCGAACGGAUUAUUGUGCAUGGACACUGACAGAAAAGCAGUUGGACGACUUGGUAUUUCUGGAAUAUGAUGAGAAAGAGAAUCAAGAAGGAUACGUGGAAAUUCGAUCGAUGGAAUCAGUUGAUGGGCGACGUGGAAGUGAGGGAAGCGAGUACCGUACCUUGCAGUUCUCAUCAGAUGAGGACUUCCGUGAUUAUCAUAGAACUUAUGAGUUCACUUCAUUGGAUGAUCGAAUCGGAAGGCUUUUUAGUAUUGAGAAUCGAGCGAUUCAAGUGGAUGGUAUCAACGAGGAACCGACGACUCACGCACAGUUUUUGAAAUUGUGGAAAACUUCGGAAACUAAAGAGAAAGAAACCAAAAAACCAGCGAAAAAAGAAAAAGAAGAGAAAGAAUCAGAUGAUGAAGAUGAUGAAGAAGGCAAUUCAACACAAUGGUCAGAUGUUGUCGAAGCACAACAAGAAUGGUAUGAUCUAGUGAACCGACCUGGAAAUGUGGCCAGCUCCAAAACCAUCUCACCACUGAAACGCGAGCCGACUCCACCUCGCUCAUUGAAAAAUCGUCGCUCACUUCUGAGUACUGGUCUGCUGUUUGCAAAAGACAUCUACAAUUUGGAUCAUUUGAAAACUCAGCCGGAGGAAAGGAAAUAUUAUGAGAAGUAUGCAGUGACUGCAUUCAAAUGUAAUAUCAGAGAUUGGGAAUCAGUGAAGCCGACGUUGUUGAGUGAAUUCAAGCUUAAUCCGGAGCUAGAGGCGAGGCGCCCGACUUUCUUCACCGCUGAUGACUGUUAUCGGUCAGAACCACCAGAAGUCAGUGGAAAUUCCGAACGCUUUUACAACAAAUCUGCUCAACCGCUGACUACAGAAUGCUCAAAUCGUGAUUAUGAAUUCUUUUCGAAGUAUAUGGAAGCAAGAUAA